UGGUGGCGGCGGGGCUCGCGCCGUGCGUGCUGCAGCGCGCCUGUCGCACGCACGCGCAACGACCGCCCUCCUCCGUCUGCAUGCACCGCCUCGACACCUGCGAACACAGAAAACCCAGUACCAAAGCGGUUCCGAAAACAUAAUCACAGUAAAAUUGUUUAGAUUUCUGUCUUAAAAAACCUAAGUGCAAAACAAACCGGCGGACAAUGGCGUCGAAUAUUUUGGCGGAUGAGUGUUGUGUGUUGUGACACCGCGGCCGCGGCGUGUUUACUAAACAACAGAACCAUCGACGGAACGUAUGAUCGCCCCUACUAUUGGCGCGCGCAGUAUAAAGGUGUGAGCUAUGGACUACACGCGCGAGUGCAGCUGCGGCCGGUGUCUGUCGCUCCGCUGGCUGCUGUGCUGCUUCAACUGUCGCUGCUCGUGCCGCAUCAGGAACACAUGAGUUGGUUGCACGCUGUGGUCGCGCUAGCGCUCGCCGCCAGUGCAGCGCCGGCUACGACAUCAUGUAAGAACUGCAUUGCACUAGGCAAAGAGGAAAAGGCGAUGUUCCGAGCACACUCCGACGCCUGCCUCCCGCAGUCGGGCGUCGAACCCAAGGUAGUGGAGUCGAUGUUGAACGGGCAGCUCGUGGAGUCGGCAGCGCUGCGUCGCCACGUCUAUUGCGUGUUGAUGAAAUGCAAGCUCGUCAGCAAGGAGGGCAAGUUAAUGAAGAAUGCCAUGUUGGGCAAGAUGGCGAUGCGGAGCGACGGCAAGAAUGCUACUAAGGUAUUGGAGGGCUGUGCAGACCAAACGGGCGACACUCCAGAAGACCUCGCUUGGAACUUGUUCCGAUGUGGCUACGACAAGAAGACAAUGUUGUUCGACUACAUGCCCACCAGUGGCGCCUCUAGCGGCGAUAUAGAUAACAUUUCCAAAUAGAUGUAUUUUUAUGUAGCUCAAACUAAAGAGAUGGCGCUUUAUUAAAUUAUACGUAAUUAUAUUUUCUUCUACAGUAUUAUAGAUGGCGCUGUCAGACCAAAUUGAACGUGUUAUAAUUUAUAUAAAUUGUUUACUUGUAUUACUUAUACGAUUUGUACACGAAUUCCUUUUAAUAUUUAUAAAGUUAUAAUGAACUA